AUGUUUCUAACCUCUGCUUCAAUCCCCCAAAUCAAAUCGUUCUCCCUUACAACCCCAUUCCUCCAUGGCUCCGUCCCCUGCACCCACAUCUUCAAACCUUCCCCCGCCUCACCGCCGCCCCCGCCUCCAUUCCUCCCAAUGAUCAAAGCGAUGAGGACCCUUCAAGGCAAGGUUGUAUGCUCCACCAACGACAAGACGGUGGCCGUGGAGGUUGUGCGCCUUGCUCCACACCCAAAGUACAAGCGCCGGGUUAGAAUCAAGAAGAAGUACCAAGCCCAUGACCCAUUGAACCAAUUCCAAGUUGGGGAUAUUGUUCAGCUGGAAAAAAGCAUGCCCAUUAGCAAGAACAAGAGUUUUUUGGCGAUUCCUGUUCCCAGUCGAAACUCACGGAAGGUGAAGGAGAAUUCGCCGGAACAAGAGCUUGGGCUUCCACUGGAAUCUGAACAGCCGGUGAGUUGA